AAAAUAAUUAUUGUAUGUUGUCCUUUAUACUUCAUAUAUACAUGUAUGAAUAUUACAGAGAUAUUAAGAAUCUACAUUGACUUACGCGGCAGAGUGGAAAAACACGAAUCCAAAAUAUGGCAAGUUCGUCAAGUUCUUUUUUGCAGACAUGAAACAAACAAAGUUUGUUGUUAUGCACAUCCAGAUGCACCUCUUAUUGAAGAUUAUAGAGCUGGAGAUCAAAUUUGUUCAGAAUGUGGAUUAGUUGUAGGAGAUAGAGUAAUAGAUGUUGGUUCAGAAUGGAGAACAUUUAGCAAUGAAAAAGCUGGAGUUGAUCCAUCACGUGUUGGUGGUCCAGAAAAUCCUCUUCUUAAUGGUUCAGAUUUAUCCACAAUGAUUGGCCCUGGAACUGGUGCAGCAUCAUUUGAUGCUUUUGGUGCUUCAAAAUACCAAAAUAGACGUACAAUGAGCAGUUCUGACAGAGCAUUAAUCAAUGCAUUUCGUGAAAUCAAUGGAAUGGCUGAUCGUAUUAAUUUACCUAAAACUAUUGUUGAUAGAGCAAAUAAUUUAUUUAAACAAGUACAUGAUGGUAAAAAUCUAAAAGGACGUGCAAAUGAUGCAAUUGCUUCUGCCUGUUUAUAUAUUGCCUGUAGACAAGAAGGUGUACCUCGUACUUUUAAAGAAAUUUGUGCAGUUAGCAAGAUAAGUAAAAAGGAAAUAGGAAGAUGUUUUAAAUUGAUUCUAAAAGCACUUGAAACUAGCGUAGAUCUCAUCACCACAGGAGACUUUAUGUCAAGAUUUUGUUCUAAUCUUGGACUUCCAAAUAUGGUACAAAGGGCUGCUACACAUAUUGCAAGAAAGGCUGUGGAAAUUGAUAUUGUACCUGGAAGAUCACCAAUUUCGGUAGCUGCUGCUGCAAUUUAUAUGGCAUCACAAGCAUCAGAAGAUAAACGAUCACAAAAAGAAAUUGGUGAUAUUGCUGGUGUAGCUGAUGUUACAAUUAGACAAUCAUAUAAAUUAAUGUAUCCUCAUGCGGGAAAAUUAUUUCCAGAAGAUUUCAGAUUUGCAACACCUAUUGAUCAAUUACCACAAAUGUAAAUUUAACAUGAAGCUUUCAUGUUAAAUUGUAUAUUUUACCAUGUUGAAACAAUAGUUUCGUUUUUUAAAUAAUCAUUUUUAAAUAAUUUAAAAACUUUAUUUACAAUAUACAUUCCUUAAUGAUCUUUAAAACAUUGAUCUAUUUUAAUUUAUUAUAUUUUUUUUCUUGAAUUUUGUUCUUAUAAAGUUAUAUUGUCUAAAAAUAAUAUCUACAUAAUUUACAAUAAUUUUUAUAAUCUAUUUGAUUGGAUAAUAAAACGUUUAAUUCAUCAAUAAAAUAUUUAUACUUUAAUUUACAUGUUUCAACAUGUUAAAAUUGAAAAAAUUGAUAAAAUUGAUAAAAAAAUUUUU